CACCUCCUCCUCUCUCCUCCUCCUCCUCUCUUUUUGUUAUAACUCCGCUUUGUUCGGCUCGCUCCUCCAGUCGCGCGGUUCGCCAGCUCGGAGACGCGCGUUCAGCUUUAAAGGCAGAGCGGCUCGGGAAUAUUCCCCGCCAUUUCCUCGUGCCGAGCCCUGGAAUGUCGAAUAGUGGCUCGAGCUCUUCCUCGCGGAAGGAGUUCGACGUGAAGCAGAUCCUCAGGAUCCGAUGGAGGUGGUUCGGUCACCCCGCGGUUGCUCCGCCUCACUCCCCGCCGCCGCCGCACGGAGACUACUUCAGCGCGAGGAGGACGGGUAGCAGCUCCGCGGACGGACCCUCCGUUAGCGGCAACUUCAGCUCAGCCGGCGUGAACCCGGGAGGAGGCGCAGGGAGCCGCGGCGGGCUGGUGGCCAGCGGCAGCGCCGGGUCUAACCUGUGCAGCGGCAGCAGCCGAAAGUUUGCAGAGCCGCCUGCGAGUCGGGCCGGUCCGGGAGGAGCGGCUGCUGGAGCCACGGGGAACUCCUGCACCCGCUCCGUCAGCCAGCCAGAGUGCAGGAGCUCCGCCGCGGGGCUCUCGUGGGUGUCCCCGCCGCCUCGUCGCCGCCCUCGCCCGGCGACAAGCAACAUGGAACCCCCCGGUGAGGCCCCGGUGCCCCAACUGGCCGUGGAGCCUUCGGCUCAUGUCGGGCUCCAGGAGGAGGUGGAGGCGGCGGCGGCGGCAGCAGCAGCGGGCACCGAGGAGAACAACCAUCCGGAAACAGACUCCAGCUCCUGCAGGACGUCUAACAGCAGUGUGACCCUGUCCUCGUGUGUGUCGAUGGAGCCAUGCGCGUGUCCAGAAGAGUCCAUGUUCACUGCUUUGUCCCAUGCUGAUGUUACCUUCCGCAAGAUGGAGGGCUACCUGAGGAACAGACAGCUGUGUGACGUCAUACUGGUAGCUGGAGACAGAAGGAUACCUGCACACAGACUGGUCCUCUCGUCUGUGUCAGACUACUUUGCAGCCAUGUUUACUAGUGAUGUGCGUGAGGCCAAGCAGGACGAGGUGAAGAUGGAAGGCGUAGACCCUGAGGCGUUGUGGGUCCUGGUUCAGUAUGCUUACACAGGCCGUCUCGAGCUAAAGGAGGACACCAUUGAGUCUCUGCUAUCCGCCUCCUGCCUGCUGCAGUUGUCCGCUGUGGUCCAAGCCUGCUGCUCCUUCCUGGUGAAGCAGCUCCACCCCUCCAACUGUUUAGGCAUCCGCUCCUACGCCGACGCUCAGGGAUGCUACGACCUGCAGAGGGCCGCUCACGCCUACACCAUGGAGCACUUUCUGGAGGUAGUUGGAAGCCAGGAGUUUGUUUUGCUUCCGGUGGAGGAGAUGGAGCGGCUGCUGACAUCUGAUGACAUCAACGUGCCUGAUGAAGAAACCGUCGUGACCUCUUUGCUCAGUUGGGUCAGUCACGAUCCAUCCGCUCGGCAACGCCACCUGCCCUCGCUGCUGGUUCACGUCCGACUGCCGCUGCUGCAACCACAGUUUUUGGCAGACCUGGAGUCCAACCCUCUCCUCUGUGACAGUGUGGAGUGUCAGCGGCUCCUGAUGGAGGGGAUGAAGUAUCACCUCCUGCCCCAACGCCGGCCCCUGCUUCAGAGUCCACGCACCCGGCCCCGCAAGGCCACUGUAGGGGCCAUGUUUGCUGUCGGGGGGAUGGACGCUUCAAAAGGUGCCACGAGUAUCGAGCAGUACUGUCUGCGUCGGGACACGUGGAGGCAGGUGGCCACCAUGAGCGGACGGCGACUACAGUUUGGUGUGGCUGUCCUGGACGGACGUCUUUAUGUGGUCGGAGGCAGAGACGGACUCAAGACCCUGAACACUGUGGAGUGUUACAAUCCUCACAGCAAAACCUGGAGUGUCAUGCCGCCCAUGUCCACACACAGGCACGGCUUAGGUGUGGCUGUACUAGAGGGGCCCAUGUAUGCAGUGGGGGGGCAUGACGGCUGGAGCUACCUCAGCACAGUGGAAAGGUGGGACCCCCAAGCUCGCCAGUGGAGCUUUGUUGCCAGCAUGGCUACACCUAGAAGUACGGUGGGAGUAGCUGUUCUCAGUGGGAAGCUGUAUGCCGUCGGAGGUCGUGACGGCUCCUCCUGCCUGCGCUCGGUGGAGUGCUUCGACCCCCACACCAACAGGUGGACGGGUUGUGCUCCCAUGGCGAAAAGGCGUGGAGGUGUGGGCGUGGCCACAUGGCAUGGCUUUUUGUACGCCAUCGGAGGUCACGAUGCUCCGGCGUCGUCUCUUGCGUCUCGGUUAAGUGACUGUGUGGAAAGGUACGACCCUCAGACAGACGUGUGGACGGCUGUCGCCCCCAUGAGCAUCAGCAGAGAUGCUGUAGGCGUUUGUCUCCUUGGCGACCGCCUCUAUGCUGUGGGCGGGUAUGACGGACAGGUGUAUCUCAACACUGUGGAGGCGUACGACCCUCAGACCAAUGAGUGGACGCAGGUUGCCCCUCUGUGUCUGGGAAGGGCGGGAGCUUGUGUGGUGGCCGUCAGACUGUGAACACGUGAACAGAGAUAUAUGAUGACAGACUAAAUGUACACGAUGUGGCUCAGAGGCUCGCAUCACCUUCUCCGCCGAGGCUUGAAGAGACGCCGAGCAAACCAGCUGUCUUCACUGAGGAAACAAGAAACGCCUUCCUGGGCAGAUUUACCCUCAGAUAUUAUCCUUUUGUGUGUGUGUCUGCUCACAAAUCCUUCACGUUUUAGCAAAAGAUCUGGGUAAUGUCCAGUGCAGAAACAUCUGCAGCAUUUAUCUGAGAAGGACAGAACAGCUGCCUUUUAGGGAUGUUUUUUUUUCCUCUAAGCAAAGUGAAACACACACAGGUAGUAUAAAACCUACAUUACUGCUCUCAGCUUCUCUUUCUGCUGACAAAGAACUGACAGACAGAGGGAGAGAUUGUCACGACUGCCUCAUCAUUUUAAGCUCUCGGCUUUCCUAACAAAAUCUGAUCGUGCGUUUUGAUGCUAUUUUAAUACAAACCCUAUUUUUAUUUAUUCUUUUUGCUGCCGUUGGCAAGUGCACUUCUGUUUUGCUUUGCCUCUGUUGCCCGCUGACAGAUGAAAGCAGGAGUUUUGACAUAAUCAGCACAACCUCAUAAACAGCUAUUCUGCGAAAGGCUUUACUUUCAGUCAGAAACACAUUAUGCUUCAUCUGAUAGAUUUCUGCAUGUCUUUCAUGUUGGAUCAGCCCAGAUAUGAAGCCUCUGUGUCAAUUAUUUUAACAGAAAUUACCCAGGCUUUAUCCUUCUCCUUUGCUUUCCACUGCUGAAAAGCAAAGAUGGGCAAUAAUGUUUUUGCCCAUGUCUGAGUUACACUUUUAGCAAAAUAACACAACUAAUUUGAUAUUUGAAAACCCAAAAAGUGACCACAACUUGGUCAGUUUUGCUAAUGUGUAAUUAAAUUUACUGUGGUAGUAGCUGACAGUUACCCUCAACAUAUUGCAUGAGGCUGCACAUAAUGUCAUGUACAACGUUUGACCAAAACAGCAACACUUCUGUCAUUUCUCAGUCUAAGAUGUUCUCAAUAUUACACUUUAAAGUGCCUGUGACAUGCAUAUCCUUCAAAUACAAAAAAAAAAAAAACAUUUUUAUAUCUAAGAGACUUGAUAUAAUAAACACAAUUUUACCCGUUUUGUCACAUAAUUGUCAUAUUUCCUUUGAACUCAGCUCAAAAAAAGUGAAACAGGAAGUGACAUCAAAGGGAAACUCUUUAAGAAAAGGAACUCCCUGGUCUUUAUUUAUUGAAACAAUAUUAUUUGAACUUAUUCUAUACAGUCUGUGCUGUCAGCCAUUGUAGCAUUCCCCUUUGACAUCACUUCCUGUUCAUCUCGUCUAUUUUGCAACAUCAUUGUUAACGUUCCAAAAAUGCAUUCAUAUUUAUAACAAACAUUUGACGUCACAGGCACUUUAAUAUGAACGGCGUUGGGCGGUAGAUGUAUUUCUUUACAGAAUACCAGGCCUUUAAUUUCAAAUCUGUUUUUCUUUCUGCAGCUGGUGUUCAUUAAGCGUUAAUGGCUUUACAGCCUGAGAAAUAAUAAAAACACAGUGGUCAUCAUGUGUUCAUCCCUGCAGGGAGAAUUUGUUUUCCAUUUCCCCCCAGAGCACAAGGUCAGCAAAUGUACAGGCUCAGGUUUUUAAACAGGGUCCUCUGAGCUUUUCUGUCCACCAGCCACCUUAUUUUCCUUCGCUGUAGAUGUUUUGUCAUUGUGUGUGUGUGUGCGAGAAGUAUAUUUUUAUCUCAAAUGAGAAUCUUCCCUCCAUUCCUCUCUCCACUUCCUUUGUUCCCUGCUGUUCCCUGCCACACACACACAUACACACUCAGACUCUUGCACCGUUUCAUUUCGAAGCAGGGCUGAAUUCCCAGAUAAAAAUGAGCAGCAGACCAUAUGAUGAGACUGAGUUUAAUGAUGUUGAUUUCAACUUGCAGCAGCAUUUUGUUUUGAUGUCAUGUUCAAAGCGUUGUGAGAUUCUGCUGGAGACAAAGUACGAGACGUGAAGGGAAGAUGAAUCUGUGGAGCAAACUCGCGCCGUCACACUCGUGGGCCGUGACAAGAAACAUGAGCAGUACAGACGCAUCCUGUAAGAAACUCAGUUUGGUUUAAUUCACGUCUGAUACAAAAGAAGAAAUCUGACAGCGAGAGUCGAAGCAGGCGUCCCGUCUCAGCUCACAGAUUUGGAGCUAAUGUAGCACACAGGAUGCACUUUAUAUUUACAAGACAGCUAAAAGCCAAGAGCCUCGGGAGCUGAUGAAGAAGGAAAAAAAGAUGCCCAACUUUACCAGCAAGCUGACACAUACGGAGUAGCAGUUCUCCACAGUUGAGCUGAUGUUUAUCCAAGUCUAAUGCACAGCAGCAUUGUUCUAGUUUCUCCCCCCAUCAAACCUGCCUGCUGGUUAUUUCAAGUAAUUCUCUUUAGAUCUCAGCAGAAGUGUGUCACCUCCACUGUGUGGUUUCAGGCCGAGGUUAACGAAACAGAACCACAGACAUUCCAAAUCGUUAUAAAUAAAUUGUAUACAUGUACAUAAAUAAAUCUGUUUUUGCAUUAUGAUGUAUUUAAUUCAUACUAAAUGUACCACGUAUUGUGUGCUUCUUUUGUACCAAGAGUUCAGGUGAAGUGUAAAUAAAAAGGUUGAUGCUA